AUGUCAGCCAUAAUUAAGGAUACCCUUUACGUUAAACCAACCAGACCAACGAAGCAUGUUCAGAUUCCACUUUCUAAUUGCGACAUUAUCAUGCCACCCGUUUAUCAAGGGCUCAUUUAUUUUUUUAAAAAUGAUUUAAAAAAAGAUAAUUUUAUGAACAUUAAAAAACUUUUAGAAUCACUUGGAGAUGUUUUAAACGAUUAUUAUCCUCUAGCUGGUACACUUAAAAGUGCGCCCGAUGGUAGAUCAAUCAUUGAUUGUAAUGAUCAAGGUGUUCAAUUUAUCAUUGCUGAAUGUUCUGAUAUUACAAUCAAUCAACUUGAAGAAAAAAAUUGGGAACAUGCAGCUACUCCUUAUGGAUUAACACAAUUAUCUUCAAUGGCUAAAAUUGACCCAUUUAUAUCUAUAAUACAACAUACUACUUUUGCUGAUGGAUCCGUAGCCCUUGGGCUUGGUAUACAUCAUCAAGUUGUAGAUGGUUUUGGUCUUUUUACUUUUAUUGAAAAUUGGGGACGAAGAGCUCGUUUAGAACAGAUUGACCCACCUAUCCAUGAUCGAAGUUUAUUAAAAGCAAGUGGUAACCCUCCAACAAAUGUUCCUUCCGAAUAUACUGUAUUGAAACCGACAGAAAAUAUUUCUUCACGCAGCGGAAAUCCUUCUCCUUUAACUACAAAAAUUUUUCGCUUUAGUCAAGAUGUUCUUAAGAGGUUACGUGAUUAUUAUUCAUUUGGCAUUCCAAAUGGGAGUUGGAUUUCAACAAAUGAUGCACUUGUAGCUCAUCUUUGGAGAACAACUACUAGAGCUCGAAAUAUUGAUUUAAGCACUGAAAUAUUCUGUAGCUUUGCUCUUAAUGGACGCGAUAGAUUAAAUAUUCCCAAAAAUUAUUAUGGCAACGUUGCUCUUCAAAUAUAUCCAAAAAUGCUUGUCUCUCAAUUGAUUAACGGUUCACCAUCUUCAGUAGCACUUCAAGUUCGAAAGGCUGUUACAGAUAUGAAUGAAAGUCGUAUUCGAUCUAUAAUUGACUGGAUUGAACAACAACCAGAUAAAUCAUUGGUUGUAGCAAGUUGUAUGCACAAUGCCGAAGAUUUGGUUUUAACUAAUUGGGCAAAAUUUCAUAAGCAUGAUUUAAUAGAUUUUGGCGAUGGAACUCCUAUAAAACAGAGAAUGGGACGGAAAUUUGCAGCUAAUGGGUUAUAUAUAAUAUUUGGUGUCGAGGAUGGAAUAGAAGUUUACAUUAGUUUACAAACUGAUAAAUUAGAAAUCUUGGAACAGGAUCCUGAAUUUAAAAAAUUUAUUUCAUAA